UGGUGUAAUGAAUUUAAUUUUUAUUUUUAGGCAAACAUAGGAAACACCCUGGAGGCCGUGGUAAUGCUGGUGGUAUGCAUCAUCACAGGAUUAACUUCGAUAAAUAUCAUCCUGGUUACUUUGGAAAAGUAGGUAUGAGGCACUACCACUUGAAGAAAAAUCAAAAGUUCUGUCCUACUGUCAAUUUGGAUAAACUAUGGACGCUCGUUAGUGAGCAGACAAGGCUCAAUUACGCCAAAAACCAGGCUGGACUAGCCCCAGUCAUCGAUGUUGUACGCUCAGGAUACUACAAAGUCCUGGGCAAGGGGAAGCUGCCCAAACAGCCUGUAAUUGUGAAAGCAAAGUUCUUCAGUAGAAGAGCAGAGGAGAAAAUCAAAGAAGUUGGUGGUGCCUGUGUGCUUGUGGCAUAAAGGCCUUCAUGUUUUAUUCAACUUUUUUGAAUAAAGACAAUGUGUGAAAUUUGUGGCUAACUUUGA